GAGCCGGGGAUCUGGGGGGAGAAGCGGCUGGGGAAGCCCAGGAGGAGGGGAAGAAGAAGGUGGAGGCGGCUUAGUCACUGUCGGAGCCGCUCCCACCCGGCUGAAGAGUCGCGCCUUGCUUCUCCUUGUGCCAAAGCGCGCACAGCUUCUUCCCUGGAUCCUCUUCCCGCACCGAGGGGCUUGUGGCUGCUCCUGAGCCUCGCCUGCCCUUCGGUGGACCCCCGAGAAAGGCAAGGGGUGUGUGUGUGUGUAUUCCCAUCUUGGGGGUCUUGUCAGUAAUCGCUCUCAUACAAAAAAAAAAAGUUGCGUAAAAGUUGAGAUUUCGUGCGCCUUUGGAGAGCUCCUAGGGGGACCUGCUUUGGCGACCCCCGAGGCUGCAGGGAGACCCCACACCGGACUCGUUCCAAGGGAUUUAGGGUCGGCAGGCUUGGGGGCUUCCGGCCCAUGGAGAAAAUGAAGGCUCGGUCGCCGCUUCGAGCUGCCAACGCGGCCGCCACGAGCAGCAGCUUCAACGGGUUUGGCGCGCCGGCGGAGAAGCCUCAGCCCUCGCCGCCUCUGCCCAAGGCGCCGGCUCUGCCUCCUGUUGUUGCUCUGGGGAGCGGGCCCGGGGCCAGCACGCGGAGGGCCCCGCCGGAGAGCUGGAAGGAGGAGCGGACCCGGAGCGAGGAGGACAACGAGCUGCACCUGCCCGGCCUGGCCGCCGCCUACGCCUCCAUCCUGCGCGCCCUCGGAGAAGACCCCCAGCGCCAGGGCCUGCUCAAGACCCCCUGGAGAGCCGCCACCGCCAUGCAGUUCUUCACCAAGGGCUACCAGGAGACCAUCGCAGAUGUACUCAACGAUGCCAUAUUUGAUGAAGACCACGACGAGAUGGUGAUUGUGAAGGACAUAGACAUGUUCUCCAUGUGUGAGCAUCAUCUGGUUCCAUUUGUUGGAAAGGUGCACAUCGGUUACCUGCCGAACAAACAGGUGCUUGGGCUCAGCAAACUGGCAAGGAUUGUGGAAAUAUAUAGCAGAAGACUACAAGAUGCCGCAUUGCAAUCCCUGGCUUCUCCAUCCAUUUCAUUUCUUGCUGCAGUUCAGGAGCGCCUAACGAAACAGAUUGCGGUGGCCAUCACAGAAGCCUUGCAGCCGGCUGGGGUCGGAGUAGUGAUUGAAGCCACGCACAUGUGCAUGGUGAUGCGCGGGGUUCAGAAAAUGAACAGUAAAACCGUGACCAGCACAAUGCUUGGCGUAUUUCGGGAAGACCCAAAGACGCGGGAAGAGUUUUUGACGCUAAUCCGCAGCUAAAUCCCAACGUUCGUGGACUCUCUCUCUUUCUCUGGACUUGUCUUAAUGUCACUGUUGCUCUUCUGAUUUAUUUUCCACCCCAUUUAGUUGUUACUUGGGCUCUGUAUUGUGAGUCCCAUCGUUUGCUCAAAAGGUUCCCAAUGUCAAAGGUUCUCAACAGUCCUGAAAAUGUCCUAUCAGUGGAUAUGGCUGUUUUUCUAGGCAAACUCUCAAUGUGUGUACCUGUGUUUUUGUGGGCAGAAUAGGACUUCGUAAACAGAGCUGUUCAUGGUCAUUGAAGUACUUUGUGCCUAUGCUCCCAAAUUAGAGAGAAAGAGAGGAAAACUCGUUUGUCCUGAUGUUCCCCAAGGGACAUCUGCACUACAGAAUUAAUACAGUUUGACACCACUUUAAUUGCCAUAGCUGAAGCCUGUGGAAUCAUGAGAUUUGUAGUUUUGCAACAUCCGUGGUUAUAUAUAUAUAUAUAUAUAUAUAUAUAUAUAUAUAUGCAUACCGUGUUUCCCCAAAAAUAAGACAGUGUCUUAUAUUAUUUUUUACUCCCAAAGAUGCGCUAGGUCUUAUUUUCAGGGGAUGUCUUAUUUUUCCAUGAGGAACAAUUCAUAUUCAUUGUUGAACAAAAAAAAAUGAACAUUUAUUCUAUACUGUA